AUGGUAAACCGAAUGGUGAAAACCAGUCGCUUGCUAUGCAUGAUGUGUAGUUUAGCCCUUAUUCUCGAGGAAUCCAAAAGUAAUCGUUCUCCUGUGUCAGGGCUGAGCCGCAAGGUGCAGCAGGAGGCCGCCCUGAAGCCGUUUACAGCCCUCCUGGCCGGGACAGGCUCCGCUCAGGGCAGGCUCCGCUCAGCUGGCAAAAGGCCAGUCUUGGUUCUCCAGAAUGAUGCUCUCUACUCUCAGAGGAGACCCUACACCAGUGAGGAUGAAGCCUGGAAAACCUUUCUGGAAAACCCUCUUACAGCAGCAACCAAAGCCAUGAUGAGCAUAAAUGGGGACGAAGACAGUGCCGCCGCCUUGGGUCUCCUGUAUGACUACUACAAGGUUCCUCGGGAAAGGAGAACAUCAGCAGUGAAACCAGAUGUAGACCAUCCUGAUCAAGAUCAUGGCAAAAGGAACAGCAUUCCCAGCAUGGUAGAACAGCCACUCAUUUCUACUGGGGAGAACCGGGUACAAGUCUUGAAGAACAUGCCUCUGAAUAUUGUUCUCCCGCACUCCUCCCAAAUGGGUGUCGACAAGAGGGGCCACCUGACAACGCCUGACACGACUGUCACUGUCUCCAUCGCCUCCAUGCCUGCGCACUCAAUCAAGACAGAAACUCAGUCUCACAGUUUCACCGUGGGCCUCCCCCCGGCCAUCUACCACCCAGAGACCUCCGACCCGGUGGUGGUUUUGGACAGGAAUCUCAGUGAUGACCAGUACAGCUCUAGUGCCCAGCCUCAAAAUUCCCAGCGGCGUACUCCAGAUUCCACCUUCUCGGAGUCUUUUAAAGAAGGCGUUCAAGAGGUUUUCUUCCCUCCUGAACUGAACCUCCGAAUGGCAGGCAUGAGUUCCGAAGAUUAUGUGUUUGAAGGCAUUGCUGGGAACAACUUUGAAUACACUCUGGAAGCUUCCAAAUCACUCCGACAGAAGCCGGGCGAUAAUACAAUGACUUAUCUAAACAAGGGCCAGUUUUAUCCCAUUACGUUGAAGGAAAUUAGUGGUGGCGAAGGAAUCCAUCAGCCCAUCAGUAGAGUUCGAAGUGUCAUCAUGGUUGUGUUUGCUGAAGACAAAACCAGAGAGGAUCAACUCAGGCACUGGAAGUACUGGCACUCCAGGCAGCACACCGCCAAACAAAGGUGCAUUGACAUAGCCGACUACAAGGAAAGCUUCAACACCAUUAGUAACAUUGAGGAGAUAGCCUUCAAUGCCAUCUCCUUCACUUGGGACAUUAAUGAUGAAGCCAAGGUCUUCAUUGCUGUAAACUGCCUCAGUACAGACUUCUCCUCUCAGAAAGGUGUUAAAGGACUUCCCUUGAAUCUUCAGAUUGACACCUACAGCUACAACAGCAGGAGCAAUAAACCCGUCCACAGAGCUUACUGCCAGAUUAAAGUCUUUUGUGACAAGGGGGCAGAGAGGAAGAUCAGGGAUGAAGAACGAAAACAAAGCAAAAGAAAAGGCAAGUGCUCUGACCCGAGCUCUCAGCUGAAUGCCUUUUCUGAUGUCAAAGUGGCCAUGCUGCCGUCACACAAGCGUACCGACAUCACCGUUUUCAAGCCGUUUAUGGACCUGGACACUCAGCCAGUGCUCUUUAUUCCUGAUGUUCAUUAUAACAACGUUCAGCGUGGCACUCAUGUCUUUCCUCUUGCAUCUGAUGAACUGGAGGGUGAAAGCUCCAGUAUGAAGAGGGGGCCUUACUUAAAUGAAGAUGAUUUUGCUGCCAGCCCAAUUAAACUGUCUCGAAUAGAAGAACCAAAAAGAGUGUUGCUGUAUGUCCGAAAAGAAUCAGAAGAAGUCUUUGAUGCACUUAUGCUCAAGAUUCCAUCUCUGAAAGGUCUAAUGGAAGCGAUAUCUGAUAAGUAUGAUGUCCCUUUGGAUAAAAUUGGGAAAGUCUUUAAGAAAUGCAAAAAAGGCAUCUUAGUGAAUAUGGAUGAUAACAUUGUGAAACACUAUUCCAAUGAAGAUACCUUCCAGUUACAGAUUGAAGAGGCUGCUGGAUCGUACAAGCUCACUCUUACUGAGAUCUAGAUCCUGGCUUAUGGAUUCUUUGAAUGAAGGUUGUGAACAUACACUUCUCACUGUUUUUGUCCUCAAGAUAUUAUAGCUCCAUCUCUAGGGGAAAAGCCAUUUAUGGUUCCAGAGAAGAAUACAUUUUGCUGUUUUUUAAAGAGGGGUGAUAUGCUUCCACACAUUGGUCCUUUUGGUUGCAAUAGUGCCCUUGGAAUAGAUGAACAGAAGACACUGGAUUAAAAAGAAAUUAUAAAUAGCUGAUGUAACCAAAGCACUACAAAAUGGCCUUUUAC